CCCACGUGAUCAGUCGAAGUGUUCUUUGAUUCUUGACGUGGCUGUUCUAAAAAGAGUGAUUGUUAACUUACAAUAUCUAAAUUAUUUUUUCAAUUCUCAGCGAAUUCUUCCUAAAUAUUGGGAAAGAUCAACCAUUAGGAGUAAGACAUGGGAUUAACUUUUUCAAAUUUGUUUAACAAUUUAUUUGGGCAGAAACAGAGCCGAAUUCUUAUGGUUGGUCUUGAUGCAGCUGGAAAGACAACAAUUUUAUAUAAACUAAAAUUAGGAGAGGUUGUUACCACUAUUCCAACUAUUGGUUUUAAUGUAGAGACAGUGGAAUAUAAAAAUAUUAGUUUUACAGUCUGGGAUGUUGGUGGACAGGACAAAAUCCGUCCAUUGUGGAGACAUUAUUUUGCUAAUACACAGGGCCUUAUAUUUGUUGUUGAUAGCAAUGACCGUGAAAGAAUAAAUGAAGCUGCAGAUGAGCUAAGCAGAAUGUUAGAGGAGGAGGAACUAAAAGAUGCAGUUCUGUUGGUUUUUGCCAACAAACAAGAUUUACCAAAUGCUUUUAGUGCAUCAGAACUGACAGAGAGAUUAAAACUCAAUCAAGUGAAGAGGAAUUGGUAUAUCCAAACAUGUGUUGCAACAGAAGGAACUGGUCUAUAUGAAGGACUAGACUGGCUUUCACAAAAACUAUCAUCAGUAUAAAUAGACUGGCAAUGAUCAGAAUGUAAAGUGUUAACAUGGAUGUUUGUUUCUAAGAAUAUAUAUACAUACUAAUUAAUUUUAUACAAAAAGCAAGUAGAGAUCUGGACACAACAGUAAUUUUGAACAAACUCAGUAGGGCAUUGACACAAAACAUGUAAAGGUUGUGACAUGUUUAACACUGGUCAGAUGAAUGGUCAAACAUAUGGGUAUCACAUUUGAAACCAUCUUAUGCCAGGUCAUUUUCUGUACAAGUUGUUGGUAUAAAUUUCCUUUUAUGUUGCCUUU